UCAAACUGAAAUAAGUCCCGCCUUCACAGCGAGCAUCUCCGGGAUUGACAACAAAACGCCACUCGGCGACUACUUUUGCCGUUUCAGUACCGAUUAGCGUCUCUAAAGCGCUCUUAUCGGCCACGCAGCAUGGAAAACGUACACCUGGCGGCAGAGGUGGAUGAUUUAUACUCGGGAUACAACGACUAUAAUCCAACAUUUGAUACCGAGGAGCUGGAUAACGAUGCGGCCUUCCAAGAAGCAGUUCGGACCAGUCAUGGAAGAAGACCCCCGAUGACUGCUAAACUUCCUGGCACUGCCACAGGAGGGCGCCCUUUGGCUUCUUCCUUUGGAAAUCGGAUGUCCAUGGCCUCUUCAAUGGGCCGACCCAUAACUGGAGCUGUGCUGGAUGGAGCGGCUCGGCCCAUGUCUGCGGUCCGAGCAGCCGGCUUCACCUCCUCACGAGCACGCGGCUCAACACUUGACCCGCUGGGCCAGUCCAAAGGCCCCGCACCCGCACUUGAAGAAAAGAAAGAAGACUUGCAUGAGGAGAAGGUCAAGAUCUUGGAGAAGAAAGUGAACGACUUGAUAACCGAGAGCUGCAUGGCACAAAGCGUGGGCAACUCACAACUGGCUCUUGAAAAAGCCAAAGAGGCUGAGAGGAAGGAGAGAGCGCUGGUCCGACAGAGGGAGCAGUCUGGCAGUGCAGAGCAAAUCAACAUAGAGCUGACCUACGCUAUUCUUCUCAACCUGGCUAACCAGUAUGAAAACAAUGAGAUGUACCCCGAGGCCCUGAGCAGCUACCAGCUCAUUGUGAAGAACAAGAUGUUUGCUAACGCUGGGCGUCUGAGGGUCAACAUGGCCAACAUCUUUGUCAAGCAGAAGAACUACCCCAAAGCCAUCAAAUUCUACCGCAUGGCGCUGGACCACAUCUCGGACGACUACAAGGAGAUGAGGAUCAAGAUCAUGCAGAACAUCGGCACGGUCUUUGUCCUGCUGGGCCAGUACUCGGACGCCAUCACGUCCUUUGAGCACAUCAUGAGCAAGAGUCCCAACAUCAGGACGGGCUACAACCUCAUCCUGUGCUACUACGCCAGCAGAGACGGGGAAGGUAUGAAGAUCGCCUUCCAGAAGCUGCUCUCUGUCCCGCUGGGCAUCGACGACGACGACAAGUACAUCUCGGCUAAUGAUGACGUCAGCGCCAACAUGUUGAUCGAGGCCGUCAAGAACGACAAGCUGCACCAGAUGGAGAGGGAGUUGAAAGCUCGGGCUGAGAAGUACGUGAUGACGGCCGCCAAGCUCAUUGCUCCGGCCAUCGAGGCUUCUUUCGCCGCCGGAUAUGACUGGUGUGUUGAGAUGGUGAAGAGCUCUCAGUACGUGGAGCUGGCCAACGACCUGGAGAUAAACAAAGCCAUCACCUACCUCAGACAGAAGGACUUCAACCAGGCAGUGUCGAUAUUGAAGACGUUUGAGAAGAAGGACAGCCGAGUAAAGAGCGCCGCUUCCACCAACCUCUCUGCUCUCUUCUUCCUGGAGAAGGACUACGAGCAGGCCGAGCGAUACGCAGAUCUGGCCAUGAUAGCUGAUCGCUACAACCCAGGGGCUCUGGUCAACAAGGGCAACACAGAGUUUGUCAAACAGGACUACAUGAAAGCAGCAGAGUUCUUCAAAGAAGCUCUGAGGAACGACUCCUCCUGCACCGAGGCCCUCAGAAACCUGGGUCUCACUUACAAGAAGUUGAAUCGUCUGGAGGACGCUCUGGACUGCUUCCUGAAGCUCCACGCCAUUCUCAGGGAUAGUGCCGAGGUCAUGUAUCAGCUGGCUGACACCUAUGAGCUUCUAGAGGAUCCCCAGCAGGCCGUGGAGUGGCUGAUGCAGGUCAUCAGCGUGGUGCCCAACGACCCCAAGGCUUUGGCCAAACUGGGAGAUCUGCACGACCUGGAUGGGGACAAGUCCCAGGCGUUGCACUACUACUGUGAGUCCUUCCGCCUCUUUCCUUGCAACAUCGAAGUGAUCGAGUGGCUGGCGGCCUACUACGUCCAGACGCAGCUCUACGAGAAGGCCAUCCAGUACUUUGAGAGAGCCAUACUCGUGCAACCGAGUGAGGUGAGGUGGCAACUCAUGGUGGCCAGCUGCUACAGGAGAAGUGGAAACUACCAGAAAUCUCUAGACGCUUACAAAGAAAUCCACCGCAGGUUUCCUGAAAAUGCGGAAUGUCUGCGCUUCCUGGUGAGGCUCAGUCAGGACAUGGGCCUGCAGGAAGUCCAAGACUACGCCGCCAAGCUGAAGAAGGUGGAGAAGAUGAAAGAGCUCAAAGAGCAGAGGGUGAAGUCUGCACGAGAAGGCAGUGCCAGAGGCCGGAGAGAAGGUAGCGCUGGAAGUGCCGACAGCGGCCACAGCAGCAGCAGCAAUAAAGGAGAGCGUCUGGGCGCCCAGGUGAUGUCACUUCCUGCCUCCAAUGAGCCUUACGAGAGCAGCAGCCCUAAAGAACUCGACGCUUCCUACAUGGACCCACUGGGGCCUCUGAUGGAACGACCCAAGACGGGGGCCAAGGUGCGCGUGGACGACGACGACGACUUCGCAGACGACAGCCUCGGAGACGAGCUGCUGCCAGAGUAGCUUCAGCACAGUUUGCACAAAUACUCCUCUUCUUCUCGCCGUUCUAUACAACUACAACUUUUUACAGCUACGUCUUACCUCAACCUGGUAGGAGCACUUAACUAGACCGCUUUCUGCCCAGUCUAGUGCACAAAACUGUUUUGCCUUUUUUACAUUUGUAAAAUACUGUAAGAGAUUUUCAAAGUAGAGACUGGAUUUGUGGCUCUUUGCAGGGAGCCGGAUCUUGAGAAGCGGUUCCUUUCAAAGAGCCGUUCCAAAGACUCGUUAUUAAAGUUUUUUUUUCUUCUCAAGGACACAAUCAGGAGUAUCAGUUAUUUGACAAGAUGUAGAUCAGAAUCAUUUAUAUUACUCUCGGUGGGAAUUAUUCUGAAAUAUUGGCUGUUAUUGCAUUGUUUUUGUUGUGUAUUCAUAGUAAAUAUUGCAUAAGGAGGUCCCUUAUUUCCAUGCUUUGGCAGUGACAUCACCAGUUGGAAUGUUAACUCACUUAAAACAGGUGUAGCAUUUUAACAGGAUAGGAAACAAAAUACAAAUAAGUAAGAAUAAAAUGUAUUACUGGAUAUAAAAAGUAUAAAUACAACUAAAAUGAAUAUUAGGACAUAGUAGAAAUGUGAGUAGGAAAUUGUAUAAAUGUGAUUAUUUCUAAUCUGUCCUGUCCAGUCAGACACAUCAUAUUGUGGAUGUAGAUGAUCUAUUGUGUCGCUUUUAAAAGUGCUCCCCCUCUGGCCAACAUAUGAAAUAACAAGUGUGUGUAAGAAAUUGAAAUGCGCCCCCUUUGGCCAAAAUUUAAUUUAAAGUCAAAUAAAUAUGUAUAUAGAGACAUACUGUAAUAACUUGAGGUAAAUAAUGAAUAUUAAAAAACAAUUACAAGCAAAAAAUUUAAAAAUUAAAUAACUAAAAGCUGUCUUUUUCUCACAAUGUGUUGACUUUUUUUCUUAUAAAAUUGGGAACAAUUUCUCAUGUUCUU